AUGUCUAAUACAUUGCGUCCAUAUUUAAAAGCAGUUAAAUCAACCUUAACGGCUGCAUUAUGUUUAGAAAAUUUUCCAUCUCAAGUGGUUGAAAGACACAACAAGCCUGAAGUAGAGGCUAGAUCUUCGCCUGAAGUUGUAAUGAAUCCAUUGAUAAUUAGCCGAAAUGAACAAGAAGGAGUAUUGAUAGAGCCAUCAAUUAAUUCAUUGCGCAUGAGCAUAAAGAUCAAACAAGCUGAUGAAAUGGAAAGAAUUUUAUGUCACAAAUUCACUAGAUUUAUGAUGUUAAGAGCCGAUAAUUUUAUUAUAUUAAGAAGAAAACCAAUAAAAGACAAAUUGGUAGAUUUUAUUAUUAACUUUAUGGAAGAAGUUGAUAAAGAAAUUAGUGAGAUGAAAUUAAGUUUCAAUAAAAGAGCAAGAGCCAUCGCAGAAUCUUAUCUUUUACAGGUUAAUAAAAAUAGUUACAACGACAUUCAACCUUGUGGAUGUUUCGAUGCUAAAUCUACUGAUUUAUUGGAAGCAACUCCAAUAAAUCUAGUUAAAAGUUUCUUUAUUGUUGAUAAGGUUAAAAGUGCUAAAAAAUUAGCACAAUCGAUUAUCAGUAUAGAAUAUUUAAAUGGUCAUAAUCAAAUAGUUAGUUCAGAAGAAACGGGAGAAUAUAACGAUUUAAAAACUUAUUUACAACCUUUACCUGUUGAUCAAGAAGUUACUAGAAAAGAUUUGAAUAUUAGUGAUGAACCUCGUGAAGAUAACGAUUUAGAAAAAGUUAGGAAACAGAUUUUAAUUUAUUUUCAAGAGCAUGGUAUUGAAAAAGUUAGAGUGGAAGCCAAAGGAGUAAAUUCGUUAACUUUAAAUGAUUUAAAAAAGGGUAAUAAUAAUCAAGAGUUAGGAUAUGGAAAAAUUCUUUUCUAUGGGGGCAUUGCUGUGGUAGUUUUUUGCGUGGUAGGAUUAAUUGCUUAUCUUGCUUAUCGAAGUGAAAAAAAUAGACCACGAGGAUAUUAA